AUGGCAGAGUCUAAGAGUGAUCGGGUGAAAAGAUCUCUUACAGGUCUUGUCGACCUCAAUGACCGCUCAACCAGUCACUUUGACGACGUUGUCCGACGAUUCACACAACACCCUUGGCAAAACCCAAAUUCGAUCCUUUCAGAUGCAGAGACUCGGCGGCAGUACGCCAUCAAUAUUCGAAACAAGAUCAGACUGGAAUCGGAUCCGAACUACAAAAUGACGCUGGCUCAUCUGGCCGUUAUACUGGUAGCGCCCUUGGCCGCACUUCAGCCUGAGGGUAAUUUAUCAUCUGAGCUUGUGACUGAGACUCAGUCAAGUGAUUCAGGGCCAAUUCCCGCUUCUUCAUUGCUCAACACGCUGAAUAAUACCUGGCACUUUGUUCACAGGUUUAUGCAGGAGGACCAAACGAACCUUUUCAAGAAGGCUGUCGACAGCUCUAGGGCCAGUAGCGGCCGUCCUCACACCGAUGGAAGUCUUCCGAAAAAGAAGAAAGCUAAGAAGAGGACUGGCAACGAGCGAGAUGAAUGUUUCCAUCGCGAUGGCCAGGCAUGCAUCGUUAUGCGAACAUCUGACCCCGAUGUAUGUCAUAUUUUGCCAUACUCAUUUAACAGCUCCGAGGAAAAUGCCAGAGAAACGGAAAUCAUGUUUGGUGCAACCAAAGUUCUCAUGUCUCCUGACUUUUUCCAAAAGUACCUUGGCAUUAUAGCCAACCCAAAGCGAGUUGGUGGUUCUGAUAAGUCCUGGAACCUGGUUAAUCUGAACAUGCAACUCCACAGAUGGUGGGGGAUGGCAUUCUGGGGUUUCAAGCCCGUCGACGCGAGAGCUAAAGACCCAGCCCAUCAAGUCACUCUGCAAUGGCACUGGAUGCCAAGAGUUACUGAUAGACUCGGGCCAGGUGGUCGUGAUGAGAACAAGAGGUACCCUCGGGAUGAUGUUCAGCUCGAAGGUGAUGAUACCCAUGUCGCCAAACUGGUCUCAGACAUCAAUGCAUUUGAUGCAGCCGGGCAGCCAUCACCUCUUAGCGAUGGGACGGGCAAUGUUCAAGCGUUUCUUCCGACCGGCGAAUUGGUCCAGAGUGGGCAUCUCUUCAAAGUCACCCUACCAUCAGAAGAAUACGCUCAAAUGUUUCGUGAAAUGAUGGAUCUGCAAUGGGCAUGUAUCACCCUCUUCAGACUCAAGGGGGGAGCUGGUCCUGAAGACCUUCCGACCCUCAACAACGACGACAAUGACGACAGUUGGAAGUUGCCCAUCAAGAAGUGGCUUGAUAACAUCGUUAUUUUACUCACUGCAGAGGCUGGGUCCAAGCAGCCAUCUCCAGAUAUGAAGAGCACGCCCUCCAGCAUGGGCCCUCAACCUCCUGCCUUAGAGCCUAUAACCGCAGCCUCGAGCUCAAAAAGGCUUCCAGUUCGACCCGUUGCAAUGCAGCCACUAGUCAAGAAACCAGUUGUUCGAGGGGGCUUCCUAUCCCGGCAACGAGGGUCUCCCGGACCCUCCCAAACCCUUCAACCGCGACUUCCUCAACAGCGUCAGUCUCAACCUCAGCAGAGACAGCCGAGUCUACACGAACUAGCUCAACGGCGAAUCCGAGCCCGAGCGGAGGCCGAGGCGGCGGCGGAGAUGGCGGAGACGGAGACGCGAACGUUGCCAAAGAAAGGCACCAAGGAUAAGGAGGGUAAGGAUUCGUCCCAGCUAGAUGCCAGCGGCCUGAAGAAAGAAAACGUGAAUCCUUUCAAGUAG